AUGCAUACCUACCAGCAGAAUUCCAUAAAGUUGAUUGCAGGAAACUCACAUAUCCAGCUAUGCGAAAAAGUAGCUGCUAAACUAGGCAUUGAUAUAGCCCGCGUGGGAGCUUUCCAAUACACAAACACCGAAACUGCUGUUGCCAUUGGCGAGUCAGUUCGAGAUGAGGAUGUCUACAUUUUACAAACGGGAACUGGAGAAACUGAAAUCAACGAUUUCGUAAUGGAGUUACUAUUUAUGAUUAACGCUUGUCGAGUUGCUAGUGCAAGACGAAUCACUGCGGUGAUCCCCAGUUUCCCCUACGCUAGACAAGACAAGAAGGAUAAGUCCAGAGCACCAAUAACCGCUAAAUUGAUUGCCAACUUAUUACAAACUGCUGGCUGUAACCAUGUCAUCACUAUGGAUUUACAUGCUAGUCAAAUUCAAGGGUUCUUCAGUAUACCCGUUGAUAACUUGUACGCUGAGCCUAGUGUAUUGCGGUAUAUCAGAGAGAAAUAUAACAAGGACGAUAUAAUCAUGGUGAGUCCUGAUGCUGGUGGUGCAAAGAGAGUUGCCAGUUUAGCUGACAAGUUGGAUAUUCAAUUCGCCUUGAUCCAUAAAGAACGUCAAAAGGCUAAUGAAAUUUCGCGAAUGGUUCUUGUGGGUGAUGUUACCGACAAGAUUUGUAUUCUUGUUGACGAUAUAGCUGACACUUGUGGUACGUUGUGUAAAGCGGCCGACGUUUUGUUGGAGAAUAAAGCUCGAAAAGUGGUUUGUAUGGUUACUCAUGCUAUUUUGUCGCAAAAUGCCAUUGACAAGUUGAACGGUUCCAAAAUUGAUAAAUUGGUUUGUACCAAUACCUUGCCUAUCCAGGAUAAAUUGGCAAAAUGUCACAAGAUGGAGACUUUGGACAUUAGUGCGACGCUAGCUGAGGCUAUAAGAAGACUACAUAAUGGGGAAAGCGUCAGUUACUUGUUCAAUCAUGUACCGGAGUAA